AUGGGGAGAGAAGACAGAGUUACCUUGUUAGUCACAAAUGAAAUUAAACUGAUAGCAAGAAGUGAUGUAAAGUCAGAAGGCAUAGAAUCUGUGGGUAGAGAUGAGAAACCACAAAGGAUAAAAGUCCCUGAUGGCAGUUCUGUACAAACUUCCUCUCAGAAGUCAGGAUGUGGAGAAGAAUGUAACUUAGGAGAUGAAAAGCAUGUGGUUGAACUCACUUGGGAGCAACCUGUUCUAGAUUUGAUGAUGUAUAAUGACUUUAUUCAGGAGCUUAAGAUGAGCACUGUAAAGCUGUUACGACCACGAUUGAACAAUAUUCUCUUCAAGCUUCAGUUUGAAGAGUAUUUGAACAACAUCAAACCUGACAUAAUGAAUGUAACAAUUGCCUGUGAGGAGGUGAAGAAGAGUGAAAACUUCAGUAAAAUUUUGGAGUUGGUCCUUCUUGUGGGUAACUACAUGAAUUCAGGUUCCAGAAAUGCACAAACCUUUGGCUUCAAGAUCAGCUACCUCUGCAAGCUUAAAGAUACCAAGUCGAUUGACCAGAAGGCAACAUUGAUGCACUUUUUAGCAGAGAUUACUGAAGAGAAAUAUCCAGAAAUUUUGAAAUUCACAGAUGAAGUUAACCACAUAGAAAGUGCAAGCAAAGGUAUGCCAAUGAUCAAAAGUGAUGUAUGCAAUCAGGAAAGUGGAAUUAGUAUUUGUUUUCCCCAAAGUAUUUUAAAAUCCAUUUUUUAUUUCAUGGCUAUUAUUCCUGCUCAAUGAUGAUCUUAACUGGCUUGAAAAAAACUGUGCUACCUAUUAAAAUCCUGUAUAAGUU